AUCGUGUUUCCCGUCGGAGCUAUUUGCAGACGGAACCGGAAACGCGACCAAUCACAACUUCCACACAUGUGUGGAGGAGAGACUCACGCUAGUUGCCUACAGUCUUAUUGUAUUUCAGUACAACGUUGACAUUAAUACAUUUAACAACACCAAAUAACAGUCGGACCUGAACCCGUAACGGCCGCGUCGUCAAGAUGGCGGAGGUCGUUCAGCACCGGAUUGAGGAGAGAAUCCCCGAGUUGGAGCAGCUGGAAAGAGUGGGACUGUUCACCAAGAAAGAAGUCAAAUCCAUAAUUAAGAGGGCAAAGGCUCUGGAAUACAAGCUUCACAGGUUGAUCGUAAACAAAGAGGACUUCAUUGCAUACAUUCAGUAUGAAAUCAACGUUUUAGAGCUGAUCAAGAAGAGAAGAGCACACAUACAUUACCAUUUCAAAAGAGACGAGAUUGAGUUCGCCGUCAUCCAUCGAAUAAAUAGCGUCUUCAGAAGAGCAACAAAUAAGUGGAAGGACGAUGUGCAGCUUUGGCUCUCACAUGUGGCUUUCUGUAAGAAAUGGGCGACCAAAGGCCAAAUCAGCAAAGUGUUCUCAUCCAUGCUUGCUAUACACCCCGACAAACCAGCCCUGUGGAUCAUGGCGGCCAAGAGUGAGCUGGAGGAUCGAAGCUCCUCUGAAAGUGCCAGACACCUGUUUCUGAGGGCUCUGCGCUUCCAUCCCGACAACAAGAAAGUCUACCAGGAGUACUUUCGUAUGGAGCUGCUGCAUUGUGAGAAACUGAGGAAGCAGAAGGAAGAGCUGGAGAAGGCCGAGAUGGACCUGGGUGAAUAUGAGUUUUCUCCAGAGAUCCUCAGUGGCAAACUGGCUGAGGUUGUGUACAGCGAUGCUACAGGGAAACUCAAAGAAGCCGAGUUUGUCAUCUCACUUCUGAACGUAGCAGCUAUCUUCAACUUCACCAAAGAGCUCCAGGACUCCAUCCUGCAAGAUUUACAGGCUAACUACACAGCAGACAGCUUGACGUGGGAUUUCAUGGCUAAGAGGGAGCUGGAGGCUCCGGGGGCCGGGGAGGAGCUGCAGACCGCAAAAGGCCGAGCCUCGGACAUCAACCGCAGAGAGGAGCGCUGCUGCCAGGUCUACGAGGAGGGGGUCAAGAGCCUCAACACCGAGCCCAUGUGGUCUUGCUAUGUGACCUUCUGCUUGGAAAGGCUGAAGAGAAAAACCAACAUCGAAGAGCUGAAGGAAAAGAGGCAGCAGAGGCUGCUGGGAGUGCAGCAGCGCGCCCACGACUCCUCACUGCUGAAGGAGGAUUAUUACAAGAACUGGUUGCACAUCCUGCUCUCCACCGGAGAUGCUGAGGGAGCGGCCAGAGUUGCCAUGGCAGCCACGCAGCGCUACAGCCAAUCGGUGUCAGUGUGGAGCCUGAGUCUGCAGACGCUAACGCAGCUGGGGAGUGCAGACAUGGGCAGGCUAUUCCAGGAGGCCCUCACACACGUCCAUCCCAAGGAGAGUCUACCUCUGUGGCAGCUGCAGGUCCAGUGGAGCGUGGCCCACCAGAGUCCCGAGGAGACGGAAGCCGUCUUCAAGAGAAGUCUGCUGUCUGCAGUUGCCAUGGAGAUUAAAGAGAGCUACCUUGAUUGGUCGUACUCCACUGGAGGCUACAAGAAAGCAAGGACGACCUUUACAAGCUUACAAGAAAACCGUCCCUUGUCCAAGGCCUUUUUCACCAGAAUGCUUGCGAUCGAGAAGGAACAAGAGACUCCAAAGAUGAACAGUCUGAGAGACUACUAUGAGAGAGCCCUGCAGGAGUUUGGUACCUCAGAUGACGAUCUGUGGCUGCAGUACAUCCAGGAGGAGCUGGGGCCCCUCGGACAGCCAGAGAACUGCGGCAAGAUCCACUGGAGAGCCAUGAAGUUCCUGGAGGGGGAGAGCGUGGAGAGCUUCACUUCCAAGUACACGCUGAUGCAGACCGGACACUUAUGAGUCGCCACGAAGUGUCCAAGUAUAGAACGUAGUAGGUAGAAGUUCAUCAGCCGAAGAAGCGGGUGUUCGUCCCGGUCCUGUAGACCAUUGGAGCUGUGCCCAUCCAUGAAUUAUUAUUAUUAUGCCAGUAUUGCAGUUUCUGAAGUUUACUGUCCAUUAAGAAAAAAAAAAGUUUGGGGGGGGGGAGGGGGGAGUGUUCUUGAUUGAGCUGCCUCUGAUAUUUGCAGCUUUUAAGCGGCUGUAUUCUACAGCUGUAAUUCAUAACUUUUCAUUUACAGUCGUUGGCGCUGCAUUCGACACCAGACUGAUGUUGGUCACAUGUAUCGUAAAGAUGUCCCGUUUUAUUUGAAUCCCACAUUUAUUUGACCUUUGGAGAGGACACGCUGUGAUGCUCUUGUGGCGAUAUUAAAACAGUCUUUCAUUGUGGGGUGUUUCUCUGUUGUGGUCCCUCUGAGGCAGUGACAUUACAAAUGUACACAGAUAAACACACAGCACAUGACAUUAGAUCUCAAUGAGGCACUACUUCUUUAAACAGCUUCUCUUUGCAGGUUAGGGAAGUUAAUUUAAGUUACUGUAACAAAAAAAAACUCUUUAUACUCUAAAAUUAAUUAGAUCCACUUUCAUGGUACAAAACAACAUAUCCAUAAACAUCAAGCAGCAGCAGCACUCUGAAACAUUUCAAUGGCCAGCUUACGAAAAGACUUUCCAUGUACUUCAAAUUGUAGUGUGUGUGCCAGCAGUGGCACCUACAGUAACGUAUCAACUAUGAGGUAUAUAAGAGGUUUAUUUAGAAAGCAUUAUAUAAAUAGAUCAUGAAGUCUAAUAAUAUGAAUAAUACACCCAUAAUAUUCUAUCACAAUGGAUUUUAGGAUGUUUUCUUUCAUCCGACACUCCAAGACAAAAGGAAGUAGAACCACCGGCCAGUCAAGUAACAGUUUACAUCCAUGUCUGUCAAAAACGUCACAAUGUCAUUUUAUCCUAUUUGACAUUUGUGGGGAAUUUACAUAAUGUGCAUAUUAAUUACUGAAUUAUGGCCACAAUCACCUUGACUUUUGACCACCAAACUAAUCAGUUCAACCUUGAGUCCAAGUGGACAUUUGUGCCAAAUUUGAAGAAAUUAGCUCGAGUUCUUCCUGGAAUUUGGCAUUUUUAGAAAUGACCUCUGAGAUAUUAAAGUUCCUCUACACUGAAGAUACGAGGUUCAGGGGGAAUAAGCUUUUCACGAAAUCUGUCAGGCUUUGAGGAAAUUAGUGCAAACAUGAAGACGACACAUAAAGGCAGAAUUUGUUAUGACAAAUAAUGAUCCCUUUAGCAAAUUGGGGAAUUACCAAGACACAUUUUCAGCUUCUUCGUGAAAAUGGAGUUUGAAAUACUGCUGUAGAGUGUACAGUGUGUGUACUGGUUUGCUGAUAUAUUGUUGGGCUAUUAAAAAGAAAAAAGAAGCAAAUUGACCGGUUUACUGCUGCUAUAAUGGUGUGUUUGACACUUUUUUGUGUCAAACCUGAGAAAAAAUAUUAAAAUGUGUUAAGAACAUGUACCGAAUGUGUAAAAAUCCUCCCCCCUGGUCUGUCUGGUCAGUGUCUGCUUUACCGCGCUUGGACGCAUCUUCAGAGCUUCUUGAAGAGGAU